CCGAAUCCGGAACGAAAAAUUUGGAUGGUAGCGUUGGAGUGAAGCGAAACACUUGCAGGAAAUGCAAUGUAGUUCCGAUAGAAGUCGGAACACUACUGGGCAGCUUUUGCGAUUGCUGCAUGAAGACGGUUGUGUUGAGACGAUUUGCUUUCCUUCGCCAAAGGCCUUCGGGGGACUUUUAAGCCAGCAUGCUAGCUCACGCGGUGGCCAACCAUUCGUGUAUCGGUUCUGGACGGUCCUGAUAAAGAUUUGGACAGGGACUUAGCUCAGGACCGGCAAGGCACCGCGGCCUAGCCUCAAUAGGAUAGUCCGUGAUUCAGUCAUCAUCCACUUCUGAUCAGUUGUCAGAGUGGUGCGAAUUAAAGGGCAUGUAUGCCAGCCACAGCACUGCCUUCGUCACUGAUGCUAAAACCAGAUCAAGUCAUUUUGUGCCAGGAGUGGAAUUUCGUUCGCUGCCGAUUAGUUCGAUCUGAGCACGAGUAGAUUACUCGUCCGAACUUACUGACUCAACUAAACUUGGUACCAAGUCGGUUGUUUGAGUUGCGACCAGUGUGGAACAACACACAGCUUCGCAGGUCACGAAGCCAGGUGAGACAACUCUUCGACGUGGACGUGGAUUUAGCUUACAAUACCUGUUGAACUGGUGCGACGGGCGAGGAGAGCAAGUGAAAGCGACCCGCAUACUUCGUGGUGUCUGGUGGUGGAGCAAAGCCAACACGGUCACCCGCCCUCGCAGUCACAACGCUAAACAAGCACAGACCGGUGUAGCCAUGGCAAUGGAGACUCUUCCCGAGGAGUGGUACCUGCUCAGCCUUGUACGGAGGAACGAUCAUCAGGAGUUGAGGAAGGCAAUCCUUCAAGAGGACGGUACCUUGAAGGAAGGUGUAGAAAACCAGACAUAUAUCAACAGUGACGGAGAGGAGGAGCCAUUACUGGGUCGACUGCUAUCCGAGGCCUGCGAUGGUGGCUGCCUGGAAUGUGCCUGCAUCCUUGCAGACUGUUGCGGAGAAACAGUGAUCAACCAGUUGUAUCGCAAGAGUUGGGGUUCAUGGGAGUGCACGCCACUACAUAUGGCAUGUAGGCACGAUAACAUCGAUAUUGCCAAGCACCUUGUCAAGUGUAAAGCCAAGGUAGACAAGACUGAUUCGACUGGUGACCUUCCUGUUCAUGACGCUGCUGACACUGGACAUCUGGAAGUCGUCAAGUAUCUACUAGAUGUCCAGCCCGACAUGGUCUCCGUAGAGGGCAGAGCUGGUGACCUUCCUGUUCAUUACGCUGCUGCGACUGGACAUCUGGAAGUCGUCAAGUAUCUACUAGAUGUCCAGCCCGACAUGGUCUCCGUAAAGGACAAAAAUGGGAGAACUCCUCUUGGUAAAGCAGUGUUCCGGCGGAGAGCAGAUUGUGUACGCUACUUGCUGGAAGUCACCUGGACCAAGCUAGCAUAUGAUGAGGCAAAGGAGAUUGUGGAGGAAGCCAGAAGGAUAGCUCAAACCGGCGGAAAAACGCAAGCAUUGGACUUGAUUGAGACCAGCUUGAUACGUGAAGAGUUUGGUAUUGAGGGUUACACUGAUCCUACUGAACUGAUUGCCAACGUGUGUGGAGUAGAAGGUUCAGGAAAAUCUACCUUCAUUGCAUCCUUCACAGCAGAAGGUUUCUUCAAUAAACUACUACGUCAGGAGAAUCAACCGGACUUGAAGGCAAAAGAUUUAGCAUCCCGAACAAAGGGAAUUGAAGAAACCAUUUACAACCACUCGCAGGUGAAGGUGCAUUUUCGCGACUUUGCUGGCCAAGAGCAUUACACCGAGUCGCAUGACAUAUUCACGGUUGCCAUGACAGCACCAUCUGUUGCCGCAAUAGUGGUGGACGGCACAGAGGUGAUUGAUGAGAUCACACAGACUGUCAGUGCAACCGCAGCCAAUAUUGUUUGUCGCCUGUCUGCACCUGAUGAUGGCUCUCUACAGACUGAGCAACAAGACCAGCAGCACCACCAGCACCAGCAGCAGACGCAGCAGCAACAACACCAGGAAGAACUGCAACAGGCGCAGAGACUUGAUGUCAUUGCGAUUGCCACACGAGCUGAUAAGCUAACACCUGAAGAGUGCGCUGAAGUGGAGAAGGCCAUAAAGAGAGGAAUGAAAGCAUUCUCUCAGCACUUGGAUCUCUGCUUUGUGAGAGUAGUGGAUGCUAGAAAGUCCGACAGUUCCAGCAUGAAUGAUCUUAGGAGACUAUUCAUGAGCUUGGUGAACCGAGUGUUGACUAAAUCUCCCAAGCAACCACGUUUGCUGCAGAAGGCUCGAAAGCAUUUGGAUGAGGUUCAGGCAUCUAUGCCCAAUCCAUACUGCUCAAGAGAUGAGUUUGUGCUGGCAUUCCACAAGGCAAUUCAAGGAACCAGCACUGCACCGCGAGAACGAUUCGCUGACAGGAUAGACAGAUAUCUACGCAUCUUGAGUGCAUAUGGAUAUGUUAUCACAUUCCCAGAGCUGAAUGAUCUGGUGGUUCAUCAGCCUCGCUGGCUCCUGCAGGACGUGAUCGGGUUUAUGUACUCGUCCAACGUCUUCCCCCACCGCCCUGAUGGCAGUGCCAGGGAAUACAAGAUGAGUGAAGAGGAGUUCGUCCGUUCACUGACUUCAUUCGCCAAAGUCGGAAAAAAUGCUCCGCUCUGCGUGCGUAUGGUUCUACAGCUCGGCUUGUCCAUCCGCUAUCAGAAGGAUAUCCUUGCUCUCUCCCUGUUUCCCGAGUGCACACAGCCAUUAAAGGUGCACAGAGCCUUCAUGACCUCACAAGUGAUGGUAGGUUCUGUGUAUACCUGCAAUGGCUGUGUGCCAUUCUCAUCUGGUCUCAUUGUUCAAUGCCAAGCACGUGUAUACGACUACUCCGCCUGCUUUUUCGCCAGUACUGAUCCCAUGUUCUUCAAGAACACCAUCAUUGUCCACCCGUAUCCGCACACAACAGCGCUGAUUGUGUUUUCGUCCGACCGUCAGCGCUGUUGUAUUGCAGUGACGUCCAGUUACGGUACGUACCUGCAAGUGGUUCACCACGUCCACUGGUUAUUUCAAGAUCUCUUCCUUGACCUACUGAAGAGAUACAGUCGUGGUACUUCGGUAGAGCGCACUGUCCUCAGCCUGAGCAGCAUGCGUCAGCUUAUCCAGCAAUCCGCUUCACCAGCUGCCAUCUGUCCAGUGGUUGCUUCCUACCUGUCCGAAGCCGUCAUUCUUGCCGCAAGCAGUGUGCAAAGCAAAGAUGUCAAGGACGCCAGCGGUGUGUUCGUUGACUCGGUGCAGGAUCUUCAUCACGUUCCUGCCACGCACGUCAGUAUGCUUCCUGCCACAUGUACUGAUCGCCUGGAGAGUCUGCGAGAUUCCGCAUUCCUUAGCGAUCUCCAAUCAAGCCUAGAUGUGAGUGAGAGGGAAAUCAGCCGACUUGGUGGCCCCCAAUCAGUGUCGCCCGCUGGACCCAGUCGGCUGAAUGCCUCGCUGGUGUUGUUGGCAUGGUGCCGACAAUCUCAUCGUCACACAUCUACUGUGCUAUACAGCAGGUUAGCUCAGCACUGCUUUUCUUCGCCAUUCUCCGUUUUCUACCGAGAGAUCUGCAGGAUGCUGGUGGAGAAUGAGAACAUGCUGAUGGAAGCAUUCCCGGACAUCAUCACCUAUGAACAGCGGCAGUUGAAGGAGCAAGAACGUCUUCGUUGCCAGGCCGACAAUGUUCCAUUGGCGGAUGAUUGGUUCUCGUCUGCACCCAAGACGUCAUUCCUGGGCCAGAAUCCCUCCGUGGGAAUGCUACGAUCUCACCUCCAUGCAAUGCGUGUUACGGAUAAGCUGAUCGUGGACUCUGAUCACUACACUCUGGUCCAGGAAGCCGAAGCAGCAGCAGCAGUCUCAGCAGCAAGUCAACCAGCAGCAAGUCAACCAGCAGCAGGAGUAGCAGCAGGAGUUGCAUCAGCAACAGCAGCACCGGGAGUAGCAGCAUCAGCAGCAGCAUCAGCAGGAGCAUCAGCAGCAGCAGUACCACCACCACCAGGAGUAGCAGCAUCAGCAGCAGCAUCAACAGCAGCAUCAGCAGCAGCAGCAGCAGCACCACCACCACCACCAGGAGUAGCAGCAGCAGCAGCAGCAGCAGCAGCAGCAUCAGCAGCAGCAGCAGCAGCAGCAGCAGCAGCAGCACCACCACCACCACCAGGAGUAGCAGCAGCAGCAGCAGCAAGUCAAGCAGCAGCACCAGGAGUAGCAGCAUCAUCAGCAGCAACAGAAGCAUCAGAGAGCACAGAUAAUCCUUUCGAAACAGCCACUUUCACUGCUCAAAUCCUGCCGAAGUUAUGCACAAUACCUUGUUCAAGGUUUCGCAGCAGUGUUCAGAGACAAGGUCUGCUACAGAGAGUGAGUGAAAUCGUGGAAUUAAUACGCCUGGAGAAGUAUGAGCCAGUGGAGCACCAUCAUGUCAAGGUCAUCAUGUACAUUCAAGCUGGAGGGAUGGACACAUACGAAAAGCUAUGUGCAGCUAUUCAAGACCUGAAGUAUGAAGUUUUGUACAGGGAGAUGACUGUACUGCUUCCUGCUGACCGUCAGCCUAGAGACGAUUGAACCACACUGGUUGCUCAAAGCAAAGCCACGUUGAGUGUACUGUAUCUUCAGCCAUCGGCAGCAGCAGCGGCAGCACAAGCAUCAGCAGCGGCAGUAGCUGCAGGAGCAGCAGCAGCAGCAGUAUCACUAGCAAACCCAAUGCCCUAACUCUCAGGUAUAUUACUUUGUGUGGUUCCUGUCAUGUAUCUUCUGUGCACACACACACUGCACAAGACCGAAGAGAUAAGUUUUUCUUUCAUUUGGUUUUCGAUACUAGAAAUUCUAUUUGUUCAUUUGCCCGGCUGCAAUAUAUUUUCUGCGUUAUUUUCUGUGACAUAGUGACCAUAGCCAUUUCUGGAACUACUCGUUUUUCUGGUGAGAGCCUGAGUGUCACAGAAUUCCCAUUGCUCUGUUACUGCAAUCUUUGCUAUUAUAUUAUUCUAUGGUUCGUGUUCUCCUGUUUACUUCUCGUUUCCUCUUCUUGAUAUUAUUUUUAUUGCCAAGAUCCACCGGCCGUCCUUUUCUUUUUGCAAUACUUUGAUGAGUUUUGCAGACGCUUAGUUUUCCCGAUCGGCUUCAUAUAAACUUGCGUCAAAUUGCUGCCAGUCCCUACCAGACCCCUCCCCCCCCCCCCCCCCCCAACUCUCAUACACCUCAAAAUGUUUGUGGUGUCGUUCAUUAUUAAUGUGAUUGAGUUGUUUUGUUCCUGCUCAUCACGAUAGGGGAAUCCCCUACCCCCAUCUCCAUUUCACCUAGCAUUAACAUGUCCACUGCAGUAUUGAUCAUGGUCUAAGAGUGAAAGGACGUACUAGUACUAGUAAAAUGAAAAUCUCUUAUGACAUCAGACUGUAUUUACAGCCAUUUAUCUCCUUUCUUCCUGUUGUUUAAUUAUUAAUGGCCGGUGUGUUUUUACAGCCAUAUUGCCAGGUGCGUGUUUACCACCAUAAUUAUGAAUAAAGUUUUGUGUACGUGUAA